AUGGGGUUGGAAUCGCAAAGGGAAAUGCACAUCACAGGGGAAACCGCCUCUGACAAUCGCAUAUCAGCGUCACCAUCCUCAAGAGAUCCUACCAUCUCCCCAGCGCCACAAUCUCAUACUACCGCUGUUACAUCACCAGAAUCUCACGGAAUAGAUGCUGGAAACUCAAUGAAGAACCAAGCGUUGGGUCCGGACGGCCCAACUCCGCACACUGCCAGUGCAAGUCCUGGUCAAGUGCUCGGGCAGGCUUCAAGAGAUCUGCGAGGACCAGACUUGCCAAUCUUUGAGGAAGAAGACGCUGCGUGUACCCCACCGUCCAUGGGCUCCGACUAUUCAAGCGUUCGGGCCAUACCGUUUGCACCGUUGUCUUUCUUGCAGCCAGGUAGCAGGUUUCACGGAACGCAACAAUCAGAGCGCCAAGUAUAUGAUGUCCAGGUGGAAAUCAAGCAUGUUGAUAUGCGCGAGUCCUUUCUGUGCGGUUACUUGCGAAUCCAAGGUCUCACGGAAGACCAUCCAACUUUAACAACUUAUUUCGAAGGAGAAAUUAUAGGAUCCAAAUACAGUUUCUUCACCCAGCAUGAGGACUGGGGUGCAAACACGAAGGUUGAUCUUAACCACUGGGCCAAGUUCAGCGCUUUUCGGCCGUUUUCAAAGCAUGCACGCAAAGGUCCGGUGACGAUUCCUGAUGUGACACAAAGAGAGACCAUAUUUAUGCGAUGGAAGGAGCAUUUCCUAGUGCCAGAUCAUCGGGUUCGGACCAUUACCGGCGCCAGUUUUGAGGGCUUCUACUACAUUUGUUUUAAUCAGCUCAAGGGGGAGGUUAGCGGGAUCUAUUUUCAUUCGAAAAGUGAAAAAUUCCAGCAGCUGGAGCUGAAACACGUCCCAAAUCGAGGAUGCUUUAGCGCCACGGAGUUUCGAUAA